GGCUGUGUGAUCAAAUUGAUCAAUCCGAGCGGCAGCGGCGCGCAAAAACGCGCGCUCCGGGCCGCAUGACUCCGAUACUCAUCCUCCACCGCGCUGCGGCAGCGUGACCGCGACGUCUAGAGGCUGCCCCACACCAUGCGAGUGCUCCUCCUCCUCGUCAUCACCGCAUCGUAUGCGGUAAAACCGAAGCGCUCGCCCGAAGAGAUCGCAGAUAUGCAGAGACAGCAACGGUGCGCCCACCAGGAGACGCGCUGGCUGUUUGUGAGAGGCUUACAUCAUAGUGGCACGACACUCAUGAGAACCUUGCUGGCAGCCCACAAGGAUGUGGGCGAAGUCAAGACACCGGGACCAGGUGGAGAGGGCCAGCACGCCCAGGACGUCUUUCCCAUCGUGUCGAAGCGUGGUAAUGAAUGUGACGACACGUACCGGUGCGGUUCAUUUGUUGGCCCCGAGAUGAGUAGGGAAAAACUUUGCGGGGGUUGGAUACGAUACGCCACAAACAAGGACGCUCCGAUCCUCCUGGAGAAGACGCCGGAUCUGAUGGUGCCAUUUUUAGGCCGUUAUUGGGGCGAAAUUGCUUCACUGGCGGUCGUGGUGAGGCAUCCACUCAUGUGGCACUACCUGAGACCUAUACGAUGGCACAAUCACCAGUUCCACUGCCGGAAUGAAGGAAGACCGUUUCUUAGACCUCAGAGAUGUGCCGCGUUAUGGCUAGGUUUACAUACGCAGCUGCUCCAGGACGUCACUAACAAUGCCUGGACGGGCUCCUGGGCCUUGUUGAGAUAUGAAGGGUUGUCCCACUCAGCGUUGACGGAUGCUGCUGAAAUCCUGAACGUGAACUCGUCUCGAUUCACGUCAGAACCAUCAAUUGACGACACGCGGGUCUGGGCCACCAACACGACCUGGGGGGACAGCCCCUUCGCGAGCGGGGCGUGUCAGGCCGUCUCAACAACUAUUCUACAGUACUUCGGCUACGACCUCGCGCAACCGAAGAAGUCGCGCGUCAACUUAGUGAUGUAUGACGUCGACCACGACGACGCGACGACGGCGGCGAAAGCUCUCACGGAGUUCGUGGCCUCUUCACAAUUCUCAGAGUGCCUCCGCCACGGCGGGCGCGGCGACGCCGCGCACGGCGCGCUUGUCGCUGCAGAACCAACAUCUAGCACGAGCACCGGAGCGAAGGAAGACCUCGACCUCGCCAAGGUCGUGCGGCGCAUGAGUCGAGACGGCUUCACGAAGCACAGGAACGCCCACGGGUCGUACUACGUGAAGCCGGGCGAUUCGCAGCGGUACCGGUCGCGCGUGGAGGUCGCGCGGCGCUUCUACCCCGAGCUGUUUGGCGGCACGGCCCCUGCGCCGCCGCCGCCCCCGGCGCCUGUACAGGCGCCGCGCCCCGUCUCGGACAAUGCCUUGUUCGGCGGCGGCCGCCUCUGCUUGGACAGAUGCGCCGGGAAGCAGGGCCCCUGCGCGUUCUGCGGCGCCGGGGCUUGCUGCCGCAAGAAUGACGGAAACGCGCCGGUCGCGUGCGCUUCCGGAAUUUUGGGCUGCCUCGACGACGCGUGCUGCGUGGGGCCCUUCGGUAUUGGUUUGCCGGACGCGGCGGCUUCUAUGAAACUCGUCGCGGCGAAGAAGGCGUGGGACGCUGGCGGCGAGGCGGACGCGUUCGCGCGGGCGAAGGUGAAGGUGCUUGCUGGGUCUUAAGGGUG